CGAUAUACAUAUAUAGAUAUAUAUAUAUAUAGAGGAAGAGCAGUAGCGCAGAGCUACAUAACGCGCGCGAGAGGGAAAGAGUCGGAGAGUUUUCCCCCCCGGAGCAGAAAAGUGCAUCGAGGCGCGCGAUACAGCAGCCAGUUGGUUGGUGCUCGUCGUCGACGUCGGCUCAACGCACCGACGACUAGACGUUGAAGCAGCAGCAGCAGCAUCAGCAACUAUUUUUACAACGAGGCACGACAACGUAUUAGUUGCUGAGAGAGAGAGAGAGCUGCACGAAGGAAAGAAAGUUCGGUCGAUCUUUGCUGCAGUGUCGUCACACACACGCACAUAAAAAAGUUCAACGCGCACAAGAGAGAGGAAAAAAAUCGGGUAUCUAUUUGUUUUAUUUCAAGAAAAAAAAGUCGGAGUGGCGAGCUUGCGGCGAUCAUGGGAGAACGGUAUCGAUGCAGCAGCAUAACAAGCAGCAGCAGCAGCAGCAGCGUCGAAAUCGAUCUCUGCAGCCGCAAGCGCUGGGCCAAGUAUUGCACUACUGGCAUCAGCUGCAGCAGCAGCUGACCUACAGCCGGCAACUUUGAUUGCUCAACGCGCGAGUACGUUGCACUUUCGGCGGAUCAGGAGCUUGCGGCCAGGGGCCUCGUCGACGAAGCCCAAGCAGCAUCAGCAGCAGCACAAUAGAAAGAGGCCUCGGAGAGGCAUCGGAAAAUUAUAACGACUCUGGCGCACAGUUGAACGGGAUCCUCCUCGCUCAAGCUUCACUGAUCGCGCUUGGGAGAGAGAGCUUUUUUCAUUUUGUUCGCCUACACACGCACACGUACGAGCAGCUUAUAAAGAAGUUACGCGCUGGAUGAUAGACUUCAUUGAGCCAUGCGGACGUAUCGAACCGCAGCAAGCUCGAGCAGGCAUAGCCAGCAGCAGCUUGAGCAGCAUCAGAUACAGAAGCAUCGAUCCACUGAUCAGAGACAGCAGACAAGCGGUCGAGUAGCAGCAGAGAGAGAUGCGGGGCUGGCCAGCCUUCGGCACCGGUAAUCGUCAAGCAGCAACGCGAAGCUCGGCCAGUACUUGCGGCCACAUAAGCAGCAGCAUCAGCAAUUGCGAAGCUCCGCUGCUCACUCUAUGACACAGAGCGCCUCGACUUGUCUUCCUGAUAUCGAGGACGUGAAUCAAUUUGUAAAGGGAAAAAAAAUACGGAAAAACAAACAAACGGACGAAAACGCACGUUUGAUUAAGCCUGACUCGAGAUAGAGACAGUUUAUCGUGUACGCAAUUGUCAUUGCUCUCGGCUCGACGCGGCGCAGUGCAGCAGCAGAAAAUAUAUUUGCCCAUUCGCGUGUAUCCAAAAAUUUCGCUCGCGACACAUUAUUGCAUCAUAACGACCGGCAACUGAGAGUUCUUACACAUAUACAGAUACAUACGCCGAGUAAGAAGCAGCAGCAGCAGAAGCAGAGGGAAGAGCGCGCGCCUGCUUUUAUACCAGGGAGAGAGAGAGAAUAAUCACAACAAUAGUAACCCGCGCGCCAUACCAUGGGACACAUACCGGACGAGAAGCAGAACGGCAAAGCGGCGGGCGGCACUAAGAGGCCCGCAUCACCCAGCGCCUCGGCCAACCUCAACGAGGAGGUUGUCGUCGCCCCGACGGCGCCCGACGGUGGCUGGGGAUGGGCCGUCGUCUUCGCGUCCUUCAUGGUUCAUCUGCUGACCGACGGAGUGACGUACUCGUACGGUCUCUUCCAAAAGGAGUAUGUCAAGCAGUUCGAGGCGUCGCAGCAGGCGGCCUCGUGGGUCGCCUCGCUCCUCGUCGGCGUCACCUACUGCUCGGGGCCGCUCUCGAGCUUCCUCGUGAACAAGUUCGGCUGCCCGGCCGUUACCGUGAUGGGCACGAUCCUCGCCUCGGGCUGCCUCUUCGCCACGGUGUACGCCAAGUCGCUGGUCGUGGUCUACCUGACGGCGGGCAUCGGCACGGGUCUGGGCUUCGGCCUCAUCUACCUGCCGGCCAUAGUCUCGGUCUCGGUGUACUUCGAGAAGUACCGGGCGCUCGCCACGGGCAUCGCCGUCUGCGGCUCGGGCCUCGGCACGGUCGUGUUCGCCCCGCUCAUCAGCGCCCUGCUCGCGGCCUUCGAAAACUACCGCUCGGCCAUGCUCGUGCUCUCGGGCAUCAUCCUCAACUGCAUCAUCUUCGGCCUGAUGUUCAAGCCGCUGAAGCCGAGCAAGGUGGCCGAGUGCGUGCCGCUGCAGGAGUGCAAGGUCAACGGGCUGACGAGCCUGGCCCCGCCCACGCCCAACGCCGAUCGCAAGCUCGAUCGCAGCGCCAGCAUGAACUCGCCGAGGAGCAAGCCCAAGCACCUGGCCAACGGCAACGCCGGAGUCCAGCCGGACUUGCAACAGCAGCAGCAGCUUCAGCAGCAGCAUCAGCAGGACCAGCUGGAGCUGCACAGCAGCAACAACAACGUGCGGCUGGCCCUGAGCCAGCCGAUCCUGGCCGAUCGGCCGCCCAGCGCCGAGCCGUCGCCCUUCCAGCGCAGCAGCGUCUACGGCAGCGGCAUCAUGAAUCGCUCGGACGUGUUUCUGCGCAGCAGCAUAAACAGCAUACGCAAGCGCUCGGGCUCGCUGUCGCGCAGCGAGGAGAACGUGAGACUGAGGGCGUCGCUGCGCAGCCUGCCCAACGGGGCCGGCGGCCACCGCGUCAUACCCGACGUCAUCGACGAGCUCGAGUCCGCCGAGUCCGAGCAGGAGUCCAACAUCGCCAAGCGCAUGCUCAAGUUCACCCUUUUGAGGGACCCCGUCUUCCUCAUCUUCAUGUUCUCGAACUUUUGCACGAGCAUCGGCUACAACGUGCCCUACGUCUUCAUCGAGAAGCUCGCCGAGCAGCACGGAAUGAUGAGCCAAGCGCCCAUGCUCCUGCUCAUCAUCGGCGUCGCCAACACCUUCGGCCGCGUUGUGCUCGGCUACGUGUCCGACAACCCGAGGGUCAAUCGUCUCCUCAUCUACAACAUCUGCUUGACCACCUGUGGUAUCGCCACGGCCAUGAGCCCGUUCUGCGUAAACUUCUACCUGAUGGCGAUCUACGCGGCCAUCUUCGGCUUCACGACCGGCGCCUACGUCGGCCUGACCUCCGUCUGCCUGGUGGAUCUCGUUGGCCUCGACAAGCUCACCAACGCCUUUGGCCUGGUGCUGCUGUCGCAGGGCAUAGCCUCGCUCGCGGGCCCGCCGAUCGCCGGCUUCCUCAUCGACCUGUACAUCAUCGCGGACAUCGCCUUCUACGUGGCCGGCUUCAUGGUCGCCAUCAGCGGUUCCAUGCUCUACGUCAUACCGCCACUACAGAGGCGCGCCGAGGCCAAGCAAGCGCAACAUAAGGUCGAGAUCGACACCAUCGUCUAGGGACGAUUAUUUACCAACGUUUAGUUGGACAAGGCGGACGUGUACGCAUGACUCGCCACCUCCUGUGUUUCAUGCAACAAUUUUUUUUAUUUUUUUUUUUAUUUAAUAUGAAACGACUCACGGUAUGAUUACUCGACUUAUAUAUUGUAUUCUUAGGUUUUUUUACGGCUCUUGAGCAUACGAAAUGCGAUCGGCGAUUCGAAAACAUCAAUGUAAUUGGUGAUUUUUAGUCUUGCCGAAUCGCGUAGUUAGUUUUUAUCUGAACGAACGAAUUGCAGCACUACUUUUUCACUUAUAUGUACCACGUAUACUAUAGGCUAAGUUGCUCGAGGAUGUCAAAUGUAGAAUUAAGCGCGCUGCGAAAUCGCAAUUACCGAGAUUGAUCUAUAAGUUGCCUUAAAAAUUGAAAAUUUCAAAGGUCAAUGGAAACAAUAAACUCAAAAUGUCAGUGAACGUCGGUAAAGAGGCUGCUCUGUACGCGAGAAAAACGAUUAAAAAUCGUGUACUACUCUCGUUAAUGAUUAAGUUUUGUACGAAUCGAAGGCGUGCGUGAGAUUUUGACGCCCACCGCGUUCGGUCGGACGAGUACAUUCAUACGAUGCGGUUGCAGUUUUUAACGCAAAAAACGAAAUUAAUAAUCGUCAACUCGUAUGAGUAUAAUUUUUAAGCGUCUCUUAAUAAGUAACGAAUGCAAUAUAACGCGUCAAAUAUAGCUCGUAAGUAUGUAUCACUUAUACCAGCGAGAUUCGUAUCGUCCAGAUCGAUCUUUCGUUACAAUGUAUUGUAGCCUAUACCCGUAUCAUCGUGACUUUUGAUUAUCUGUCGUAUAUACGUGCGUCAUAUACGUCGAUCUCUUCGCCGAUUAUUAUUAUUAAUUAUUUUGUCAGAGAACUCAUAUUAGCCUGUAACGUCUGAUUUUUUUUAUUCCUACUUUACUAACGAAUAAAACAAGUAAUAUCGUCACGUAGGGCAUAAGUCACGUUAUAAGCGCAAGCUUGCAAUGAUUUCUUUUCGUCGGUUUUUUAUUAAACAAUAUACAUAAUGUAAAGGUGCCUUAACAUAAGUAUAAACUUUUAUAAAUCGAUACUCUUAUCCUUAUGAAUUUAAGUUUUUUUUUGUUUUUAAAUGAAUAUAAUGUAUACAUUAAAUAAGUCUGUGAUACGUAAACGUACAAGGCUUGGAUCCACGAUAUUAAUACCAAUAUGUUAUUUAAAAUCAAAGCGAGCGAAUCGCAAAGGGCCGAGAAAAGUAACUAUUUUUUCACGAAAACAGAGGAGAGAAAAAAUCUAACAAAAUGCCAACUAUAUUAGUAAUUUGCGUACAUGUACAUAGAGUGGUACGGAAAAUACGAAAAAAUAGAAAAAAGAAAAAAAAGAUAGAGAGACGAAGUUUUUUUACUACAGCUGUACAAGGGCCUGUGGUCGAUUAUAAAACACGUCAAUAAUUGCAACGACGACGAUGCAUAAUUGUAUAAGAAUUUAUAAUAUAGAUAUUUAGCGAAAAGACACAAAUACGAGUGCUAUGUAGAGGGUUUGAAUAAACGUAUAAGUUAAUUUUUAACAAAAAA